AUGAUAUUCAACGAAAUAAAAGAUGUAAAACAAUCUAUUCAAGAAAACAUAAAAUCAGUAAGAUCUUAUGGUAACCGUACCAAAUCAAUAAUUAGAAAGAAUAUCAAGUCAUAUCGUGCUAAUUCAAAAUCAAUGAAUCAAUAUAUACAAUGCAUAAGCAAAAGUUUAAAGAUUGAAUAUGGUCCUGAUGUUAUGACAGACUUUGAAAACGUCGUGAAUUCUAUAGAAAAAAAGUAUGAUAUAAAUCAUCCGAAAUCCCUUCAAAUAAAAGAAUGUUUUGACAAUGAAAGAAAAAUUUAUGAAAAUGUGAAAACUGAAUCCAACCAAGAAAUAUGUGGUGAACUUAAACAACUCAAUCAACGAGAUAAAAAUGUAUUAUCGAACUGGUUGACAUUUCAACGUAUUCACAUCAAUUAUCUCAAUCUUAAUUUAUUUAUAUAUCGGUUCCUGACAGAACUUGCUGGUGUCGGAACCAGUUAG